UAAAAUGCAGAUGUUUUGCGUUCUCGCACAUGGCACUUAUGUUCACUAAGCCUCAGGGCACAAAACUCCGCAUAACAUGUUAGUGAGGCAUUAGACAAAGGUUCACUGUAUUGGCUUUACACUGAAGGGUCUGGUCUGUGAAACUGUAUGAAUUUAUUGGAAUUCUUUCUACUGUAUAAAUUUAAGCGGUUUACAAGUUGCAAGUUUACCGUUUUCCAAAGCAACUGAAGCACAGAAAAACAAUACAAAAAUAUACUGAGAACCACAGAGGUCACAACUAUAGGAAACUUGUAGUGAAAAUGAGAGGCUGGAUUUUACUGCUGAUCCUGGCAAGGCUUGUCAAUCUUUCCAUGACACAGCCAACCAACUCUUUAACCUGGCUAAGUUAUCUCCGUAACCGAGCCUACAGUCAUGGCUAUGGCCGUAGUCACAAUGGCAAUUACGCUUCUCUAAGAAAUGAGGAUGAGCCUUCUGUGCUAGACUGCCCUUUGGAAUGUGACUGCCCUCCUGCCUACCCCAAAGCAAUGUACUGCAACAACCGCAAGCUACAACAUGUGCCAUUUGUACCAUCUCAUAUUAAAUAUGUAUACUUGCAAAAUAACCAGAUCACACGCAUCACGAAUGGUGUCUUUGAUAAUGCACCAAAUUUAACUUGGAUCAUCAUGCAUGCAAAUAAACUAAGCUCUGACAAGAUUGGUGAUAAAGUUUUUGCCAAACUUCCAAACCUUCAGCGCCUUUUUUUACAGAACAACAACUUAAGUCAUGUUCCACAGGAUUUACCACAUUCCCUACGAGAUUUACACCUGAAUCACAAUAAUAUCUCGGUGGUACCGCUUGAUUCUUUCCAUGGAAUGAGCAACCUGACAGCUCUGUAUCUCCAAGCAAAUGCCAUAGAAGACCUAGGCAAUGCACUCAAGGGUUUGCUGUCCUUGACCUUGUUAGACUUGAGAGGGAACCGAUUGAAAACGAUUCCACAAAGCCUGCCACCAAAGCUGAGCCAACUCUAUCUUGAGUACAACUAUAUAUCCAGCAUUCCUGCUGACUUUCUGAGCCAACGGCCUGAUUUGCGCUUUGUACGGCUGUCUCACAACCAGCUCACCAAUGGGGGAAUUCCACCCAAUGCUUUCAAUGUCAGCACACUUGUGGAACUCGAUUUGUCCUUCAACAAGUUGGAGAGGAUUCCGACUAUCAGCACCAGCCUAGAGAAUCUGUAUCUCCAGGCCAACAAGAUCAAAGAAUUUUCAGUGAGCAGUUUCUGCAGAGUUGUGGACACAAACAAUUAUUCUAACCUGCGUGUCCUGCGACUGGAGGCCAAUGAAAUUAGCCCACGGGAUAUACCCAAUGAAGCUGUUCACUGUCUGCGCCUGGCAACCAACAUCGACCUGUAGGCCUGGCAUCAAGCCUUCAACAGUUCAUCCAAAUUAUGUCAGGCAUGAGCUCCAUGUACUUAAUCUAUAAUUUUGCUUGGAUUUGCAUUAUCAAUCUGAAAGCCAAGUGCAUUGUUGAGUGGGGUGAUGGUGGUGGUGUUUUUAAAUUACUCACACAUUUAGGCCAUACAACAUGUAAGUGACUUCUUCAGUAAGUAGAACAUUAACGUUUUUGUUAUGCAAGACAACAGUAUCCUUUCUGAUGAGAGUUAAAAAAUAAGCUAACAAAACUAAUACAUGUGACAUAAUGAUACAUUUAGGUCUUAUAAAGCAUAUGCAAUAUUGUUUAUCAAAAUUAUAACUCUUGUGCUUUUCUGGAUUUUGCAACCAGUGUUACAGAGUAAGAUUAAGUUCUCUAAUUCAGGAACACGGAUUCCCAUUGUCUGAUAGACAACAUCAGAGAACAGGACACCUGUUGCACAGUCAGAUAAUUUAGCUUCAUGAGAUCUGUUUAUAGCAAUGUGCCACAGGUAAUGCAUGUAUAUGUAUGACUUGUAAUUUAAGCUAACAGGCAAGAAUCCUAUUGACUUGCGUUUCAUGAAUAACCAAGUACCACAGUUUCUGUGACGAAUCUGGUAACAGUUUACAAUGACAGUAUAUGAAUAAUGAUGUACUAAUGUGCAAAUAAAUAAUUUUUAUUUAACUACAA